AUAAAUAAUAAAGAAAGUCCCGAUCUGCCCCUUUCGUGUUCUCGUAUUUGAUCUGUAAUAAAAGAGAGCUCCAAACUGCAGAUUCAUGAAACGACCGAACUAGGGUUCCAGUUCCUUGUCCCCAUAUCUCCCUCCUCUCCAUCAUAACGAUACAAUACAUACAAACACACAAUUAAACAUAAAAAUUUAUCAUUAUCUCAGGAAUUACAUAGAAACCCAGCUUAGAUUGUAUAAACUUGAUUUAAAUAUACAAAUAAAUUAUAUGAUGGAGAAGAAGAAAGCUGCGGUGCCGCUUGUAUGCCAUGGCCACUCUCGACCCGUGGUUGAUUUGUUUUAUAGUCCUGUUACGCCUGAUGGGUACUUUCUCAUUAGUGCUAGCAAAGAUUCUACACCGAUGCUAAGAAAUGGAGAGACUGGAGAUUGGAUUGGGACAUUUGAAGGACAUAAAGGUGCAGUGUGGAGCUGCUGCCUUGAUAGCAAUGCAUUACGUGCUGCAUCAGCAUCAGCCGAUUUUUCUGCGAAAAUAUGGGAUGCAUUGACGGGCGAUGUAUUGCAUUCAUUUGAACACAAACACAUUGUCCGUGCCUGUGCAUUUUCAGAGGAUAAGCACUUCCUACUCACCGGUGGUUUUGAAAAAAUUCUUCGCAUUUUUGAUUUAAAUAGACCAGAUGCGCCGCCAAAAGAAGUCAAUAGUUCACCAGGUUCAGUUAGGACAGUUGCAUGGCUACACAGUGAUCAAACCAUAUUAAGUUCCUGCAGUGAUUCCGGGGGAGUAAGGUUGUGGGAUGUUAGAAGCGACAAAAUUGUCCGAACACUUGAGACCAAGUCAUCUGUUACCAGUACCGAAGUUAGUCAGGACGGCCGCUAUAUAACCACUGCAGAUGGCUCCACUGUCAAAUUCUGGGAUGCUAAUCAUUUUGGAUUGGUGAAGAGUUAUGACAUGCCCUUCAGCAUGGAAUCUGCAUCCCUAGAACCAAAGCUUGGUAAUAAGUUCAUUGCUGGGGGAGAAGACAUGUGGGUUCAUAUAUAUGAUUUCCAUACAGGAAAAGAGAUUGGAUGCAACAAGGGUCACCAUGGUCCUGUUCACUGUGUGAGGUUCGCACCUGGAGGGGAAUCGUAUGCUUCAGGAUCAGAAGAUGGUACCGUAAGAAUAUGGCAGAUGGCUCCAUCAGAUAUCGAGCCAAAUGAGGAAGUUAAGGUUUCUGCUGAUGAGGUUAUUACAAAACUUGACGACACACACAUCACUGAGGGAAAGACGAGGGAGAAAGCAUAAGCAGCUUGGGUCCGAGUCAAAGCUCAGAUAUUAGCGGAUAUAUAUUGCCUAAUUUGGUGGAGUUGUGAAGCCAUGCUCCAGUGAUUAUCCUUAUUCGAUCAUGGACUGUUGUGUUUUUUCAGUUUUUGUAUCUUGCGACAUCUCUUUACAUCUUCCAUCUUGGCAUAAUGAUGAACAAAUCACAGUAUGGCUAGAAGCCUAGAUAGAGAAGGUGCAACUUCCUCACAGGAGAAUAGUCUCCUUUUCUAUUAUCUUGUAAAUCAUCCAACUACCUAUAAAUUUCAACAAGACUGAUACUUAGCUCGCGGACUAA